AAGUCUUAUUGUUUUUGCUGCUAGGGUCACACUGAUGUGCCCACAGAGAGACUUUGUUGUUAAAGCUGAUUGUUCAACAGCGAAAUGAUGCUCAACACUGCUGAAACGGACAUAUAGGGAAGGUUCAAUAGACAAUAUUUCUGCUCAGUUUCGGAUUAGAGUUGAAAGGGACAGAAAAAUGCAGCUUUGACAAUUCCUCCCGUCUGGAAGCUGAUUGGCUAAGUUAAACGUCGGCUCAGCGUCUGUCAAGGAUAACUAUUGAAGACAGAGCGCCUUUUUAUUUCCCUCUCAGCUUCCCUGACGACGCAGCUGUAUGAUUGCAGGUGCAGCUCCGAUAUGACUAAGAGAAGCCCAUCUUUUCAGCUGGUCAAGAGGAUGCUGAACCAUCACUGCAGAAGGAACCCUGAGCUUCAUGAGGAGCUCCAGAUCCAGGCUGCAGUGGCAGCUGGGGAUGUCUGCACUGUCAGGAGAAUGCUGGAACAAGGAUACUCGCCCAAGAUCCGUGAUGCCAAUGGCUGGACGCUGCUCCACUUCUCUGCUGCCAAAGGAAAAGAGAGAUGUGUUCGAGUCUUUCUGGAGCAUGGAGCUGACCCCACAGUGAAGGACUUUAUUGGCGGCUUCACAGCACUUCACUAUGCUGCUAUGCAUGGCAGAGCACGCAUCGCCCGACUGAUGCUGGAAUCCGAGUUUCGCAGUGACAUUAUAAACGCAAAAAGCAAUGAUGGCUGGACACCGCUGCACGUGGCCGCCCACUAUGGUCGAGACUCGUUCGUACGCCUCCUCCUCGAGUUCAGGGCCGAGGUGGACCCACUGAGCGACAAAGGUACCACGCCGCUACAGUUGGCCAUCAUCCGCGAGCGCUCCAGCUGCGUACGGAUCCUCCUGGACCACAGUGCCAACAUUGACAUUCAGAAUGGCUUCCUGCUGCGGUAUGCCGUCAUCAAAGGCAAUCACUCGUACUGCCGCAUGUUCCUGCAGAGGGGAGCAGACACUAAUCUCGGACGUCUCGAGGACGGCCAAACCCCACUGCACCUGUCAGCCCUCAGGGAUGAUGUGUUGUGUGCCCAGAUGCUCUACACCUACGGAGCUAACACCAACACCAGGAACUACGAGGGCCAGACACCGGUAGCUGUGUCAGUUAGCAUGUCUGCAAUCAGCCGGCCCUGUCUGGAUUUCUUGCAGGAGGUCACCAGACAACCUCGGACUCUACAAGACAUGUGUCGAAUAAAAAUCCGUCACUGCAUUGGCCUUCAAAGCUUGAAAUUCUUGGAGGAUCUGCCAAUUGCAAAGGUUAUGAAAGACUAUUUAAAACAUAAGUUUGACAGUGUGUGAAGACGACGACGAUAGAAGAGGAGAGGGUGACUCAAAACUCUCUGCUACCAUUUAUGAAGACUAUGCAAUCACUAAGGUCUGUUCCAUACGUGAUGAGGGAUAGUUCGCCCAGUUUGUUUGUCCAGUUUAACACAUAGUUCUCUGAUUCAGUUUGCCAUUUCAGCCUUUUUUUGGGGGAGAUAAAGAAACCUUAUUUGACUGCAGACGGCAUUCUGUUUAUAUUGUUAUUGUGCAUGAUGUUAUCCUUACUGGCACAGAUUGUCAUCACUUGCCAAUGAGUUUAAUUUAUUUCCUCUCGUCUGUUUUCACUGAGCUACAGGAAGUUAAACCUGAUGUGCUGCAGUGAUGAUUUUAUUUCUGGCUCAAAAUGACAGUGUGAGCUACUUAAAUACUGGUUAAAUACCCUCUACCCUCUAAAAAUCUGGUUCCAAACCUCUGAAAUCACUGCCCACAUCUUCAAUUUGUUCAGUGACUGAUUAAACAAAUACCCUCAUACUAAGCCCAUCGACCGCUCUUUCCUACAGCUAGAGAAACAGUCAGAGCUUUGUAUAUGAGAUAAGCAAUGUGGACAUUUUUUUCCCACUUAGCUAGGUAGCUAUGUUGCUAAGUAGGACUUAAAAUUGGGCUUAAGCUUUAUAGUGUCUGCCCAUUAUAACAUCAAAAUACCUUGUCAGACCGAAACAGAAAAACUAUUGAGUCUGAUUAUUAGUCUACAAAAUUUUGAGGUUGUGAGUCGACUGGGUGCUGUAAUAAGUAAUUAGUAUAGUAAUUGGGCAGUGUAUCUUUUCAAAAAUAAUACACAGGAUUAGAUCUACUCUAACAUUGCUUCACAUUGCUUUUUUCUGACAAGCAAGAAUGACUUACACAGACUCAAGGAAGAGUAUAUAUAACGCAGUUGAAAUGACUUUUGAAGUUAAUGCUUGGAAAUAAUUUGAUACAACCAGUUGUACAGCAAAAACGUUCUGCAGUGAUCGACCAUAUACCAAGUUGCUUUAUUCAUGUCAGCUCAAUAUGUAGUACAUUUAAGGUGAGUGCACUGUGAUAGAAGUCUGUUCUGAAAACACCGCAUUUAUCACUAAAGAUGUGGUUUAAAUACAUAUAACAUAGUUUGUUUUGGAUAACACUGACACACAAUCGCUAGAAGCUGCAGUCAAUGUAAAUAUGUUACAUGUGCAACAGAUAUUUUUGUAGAAUUUAUUUAAGCAAUGAUCUCUGGUAUUCUUAAUGUAUUUAAAGUUUGGAUAUAAUAUUAUGAUCUGUUUGGUGUGACUCAAAUGUUUCUUUUUUGUGUGUGUCUGAGUUCAAAUACUCAGUUGUACAGGAAUCAUUUGAAAUCAAGUGUUUUAUUUCUAUGGCAGAAAUGUUGGGUGCUUUCUUAAAAUUCAUCUGCAUCAUGCAGGUAACUCUGUUGUGGAGAUUAUACUGUGAAUUUUUUCAUUUUGACAAUUAAAAAUAAAAUGUAGGAUUUGGGGUCUAAAUAAUACCCAUGCAACAAGAUUUUUUUCUUUAUCUCUGCAUGUGUUUAAAUUGCAUAGUGAACUUACAUGGCACCUAAAGUUGGUUUUCCUGAAAUGUUGUGUUCACAGAUCCAUUCUAACAGUGUUCACCUGCAUUAAAAUGUUCAUGUUAUAUUUUUCAUGUUUUCCUGCAGCUUUGUAUUGGGACAGUUUGUGCUCUAUGCAGCUAUACUGCAACAAAUACCUUCAUCCUGUUAACAAAAAGAAGAGAGUUUGAGUGGGUUAACAUUGGAAAAUGUAAAGUGAGGUUAGAGGUCAGGGGAGUUGUAUGGAAGAGAUCGUUUUGUUAAUAACUAAAGAAAACUAUAAAGAUCACAACAGUUUGACAGGAACUGUCCUUUUUUAAAGGUUGCCCCAAAUGCAGCCCUCUUUUCUCUGAAGGUGAAGGACACUGCCAGUGUGUCCUUUGAUGACCGUUGUGGGAGAAAUCUGGUUAAAGCUUGGGUCGAUAAAGGUUUUCUGUGGAAUUUCAAACAACAAACAAACAAAAGUUAUGUUUACAUUCAGUAUUAGUCACCAAAAUGUAUUGUGUGCAUCCUUGAAGUCUAGCAAACUUGUCAAGUGUAUUUCCUUACUCAUAAAACAUUUGCAAAGCUGAAAAAGUUUGAACCCUGCAGUGUUUGCAUUCAGACAAAACAGCCACCCACUCCAAGAAAACUGCUCCAUAGCUCACUAGACAUCAAAAAUUCCACAGGAUACCUUUAAUCCAAAGCAGUAGUCUUAGAUGUGAUGAUUAAAAACAUUUGGACUGAGGACUGCAUUCUCCCAAACAAUCAAAAUCAAAACAGCGUGAAAUCACACAGAACACACUGUCUAGUACAGCAUUACAAGUGCCCAUAAAAAUACACAGAUAACACAUUAGCAAGUUUAUCUAUGUUAGGUGCCACUCUUUAAUUAAGUUUUCUUUUUUUAAGUGUUCUAUAGUUUGCUUUUUGCUGCAUUUUGAAAACAUGAUGUGAGUGGAUGAGGAAUCCCUGAUUUCAUUUAUUUUUACUAUUUAUUAUUUUAAAGGAUCGUCUAACUUUUGAAAGAUUCGGCCCAAGAGCCACAGUCUUCUGAAGGACACUAUUUUAUAGGCUGAAGAGGCUCAAACUACAACAAAAAAACAACAAAACCAGGACUGUUAUCUUCAAUUUAAGAGUUUGAGUUAAUUUUUUUUUUUAAUUAGUUAUGCUAAUGUUUUUAAUGCAGUUGACUCAACUAUUACUACUCAUUCCUUUGCAGCCUCCUCCCUUUGACUCACUAAUCAUUUAAUACUGCAGUUUUCCAAGAUCUAAACACUGAAGAUUAUUCACUGUUGUCAUGGCAGAAUAUUCUCCACCACGUUUCAGUUCUGUUCCAUGUUCCAUACUGUCCGUCUUUCUGAUACGAUACCAUUUUCCAGCAGCAGUUUUGUAUUGUGUGUGAAUGAGUCCAUUGUACAUCGACUGCCUUCUCCAAUCAGUUCCUCAGCAGACUUUGAUCAUCACAGUCAGGGAAACACUUCAUACAUCAUCUUGUGUGGCUAUCAAAAGUCUUCCACACCAUAAACUACUGAAUGUACAGAUUAUGCAGAUUUUCAAAUGUAAAAAAUCAAAAUGUGUGAAUAAACUAAAGUUAACACUU